AUGGAAUUUUUGCAGUCAACCGACAAAGGCCAGUUCUCCGACGAUGCAUCUUCGGUGACCCCGAAGCGUGCAUCAUGGGGUAGCCCAUUGGAAUUCAUUCUAGCGUGUCUUGGCUACGCGGUCGGCUUGGGGAACGUGUGGAGAUUCCCCUACCUGUGUUAUAGGAAUGGCGGUGGUGCAUUUUUGAUACCAUUCUUCUUGAUGAUUAUCCUCAUUGGACUCCCGAUAUUCUUCUUGGAGCUUUAUAUUGGCCAGUACACCGCACUGGGGCCGUUGAAGGCAUUUUCAUCAAUUGCUCCUUUCUUCUCGGGCGUGGGAUAUUGUACGCUGGUCGUGAUAACAAUUAUAUCGAUAUAUUACAUGAUAAUUGUAGCGUGGACUUUAUUCUACACUGCUGUAUCGAUUGCCGGCGAUUUGGGAUGGGGAUCGUGUGAUAACUGGUACAAUACUGAUUUUUGUUACAGUGGAAAGUAUGACUCGGCGUGUAGAGAAAAUAAUACCGGCAUUGCCACGGACCUCACUUAUUAUUUACGUCAAUGUAUGAGUAUAGGAGACAUUUGUACGCUAAGCGGCUUUGAGCCGUAUGAUGGAAAACUAUGUUUGGACGGCAAUGAAACUAUCCCUUGGUAUACGAAUGUGACCAGAAUUAUUGCAGCGGAAGAAUACUAUAACGAACGUGUUCUCGGUAGAGGCGAUGCGACUUGGUCGAACUGGGGAUCAAUUCAAUGGCAUUUAGUUGGGUGUCUGUUUGCUUGCUGGUUUAUUGCUUUCUUGUGUGUUAUUAAGGGUGUACAAUCAGCAGGCAAGGUUGUGUAUUUCACUGCGCUUUUUCCGUACGUUAUGUUGACAGCACUUCUGAUCAGAGGUGUAACGUUGGAAGGUGCAAGCGAGGGCAUUAUUUUUUACCUAUCACCCAAGUGGGAAACAUUACUUGAUGCUCGAGUCUGGGGCGACGCUGCUUCUCAGACAUUCUAUUCAUUCGGUGUGGCGUGUGGGUCACUCGUGACUUUGGCUUCAUACAAUAAAUUCACAAAUAACUGUCACUUUGACGCUAUAUUUGUGUGCUUCACGAAUUUCUUGACGUCAAUAUAUGCUGGGUUUGCGAUCUUCUCUGUGCUCGGAUUUCAAGCUCAGUUGAUGGGAGUUAGCGUUGAUGAUGUCGCUGACCAAGGCCCUGGGUUGGCCUUCGUGGCAUACCCAGAAGCUCUGCUACAGAUGCCGGUGCCACAACUCUGGUGUAUUCUCUUCUUCUUUAUGUUAUUCGUUCUUGGAUUGGGAUGCCAGUUUGCUGGGAUAGAGGCGAUUAACACAGCUAUUGUGGAUCAAUGGCCUUUCUUGAGAAAGAGAUACUGGAUGGUGACAGCUUUCACAUGCUUCUCUUGUUUCCUGCUCGGCCUGCCCAUGUGCUUCAGUGGCGGUGUCUAUCUGUUCACAAUUCUCGAUUGGAAUACCGCCUCUUGGGCUAUUCUUCUUAUUGGUAUUGCUGAGAGCACUGCCGUAUCCUGGAGUUAUGGCAUCAGUAGAGCUAUGAAGGACUUGGAAACUAUGAAUAUGAAGUUCAAUAAGGUUAUCGGUUCCUAUUGGCGAGCUGUGUGGACGGUUACAAUACCUGUCGCGAGCUUGGGUGUGUUUAUCUUCGUGUUUAUUGACUGGACGUCACCGUCCUAUGGAGAUUACGAGUUCCCACUGUUUGCUGAUUUACUCGGAUGGGCUGUUGGCUUAUCGACCGUUGUGUUUUUCCCAAUUGGAGUUGCGUAUGCUUUCUAUAAAGGAUAUAGAGGAAAAGAUCUCUUCACACCGACUGAGCAAUGGAAGCCUGCAGUCUUUAUAACAGACGAAGAACGAAGCGCUGUUUAUGAAAACCCAGCGUUUUUAUCCUAA